AUGGCCCCUGUAGGCACUCUCAGCUCCUCACUGCCAUUGAUCAUUCUCUUGGCUUCUCUUUCGGCACUUGCUACACCUUCACUAGGUGCUACACCUCUUCAUCGUGAAUCUAACGACGACAUGGAAGCACUCCUCUGCCUUAAGCACCACCUCUCAGUCUCAGACCCUACUGGGAUCCUACCUUCAUGGAAGAAUGAUUCGACGCAGUUCUGCAGUUGGUCCGGUGUUACAUGCAGCAAGAGACACUCAUCUCGUGUUGUUGCACUGGACCUUGAGUCACUCGACCUCCAUGGCCAAAUACCUCCUUGCAUUGGUAACCUCACUUUCCUCACAAGGAUCCACUUGCCAAAUAAUCAACUGCAUAGUCAGAUCCCAGCUGAACUUGGCCAAUUGAAUAGGCUGAGAUACCUUAACCUCAGCUCCAACAAUUUUAUUAGUGGCAGGAUCCCAGAGUCUCUAUCAUCAUGCUUUGGCUUGAAGGUCAUUGAUCUUUCAAGUAAUUCCCUCAGCGGAAGUAUCCCGGAAGGUUUGGGGAGCCUCAGCAACCUUUCUGUUUUACAUCUUUCUGGUAAUUAUCUGACGGGCAACAUUCCAAUUUCUCUUGGAAGCAGCUCUUCUCUUGUCUCUGUUAUUCUCAACAACAAUAGUCUCACAGGACCAAUACCAUUGCUACUAGCUAAUAGUUCAUCGCUUCAACUAUUGGGCUUAAGAAACAAUUAUCUUAGUGGAGAGCUUCCUCUGUCACUGUUUAACAGCACAUCACUUCAGAUGUUAGUGCUUGCAGAGAACAACUUUGUUGGAUCCAUACCUGUUCUCUCAAAUACUGACUCACCCUUACAGUAUCUUAUAUUGCAAUCAAAUGGUCUUACAGGUACAAUACCUUCCACUUUGGGGAAUUUUUCUUCCCUUCUCUGGCUCACACUUGAGGGUAACAGUUUUCAUGGUAGCAUCCCGAUGAGUAUAGGUACAAUAGCAAACCUGCAAGUUCUAGGCAUGACUAACAAUGUUUUGUCAGGGACUGUUCCAGACUCCAUUUACAACAUGUCAGCACUCACACACCUUGGCAUGGGUAUGAAUAAUCUCACUGGGGAAAUUCCAGCUAAUAUUGGGUAUAACCUUCCAAGAAUUGUAAAUUUGAUUGUGGCUCGAAACAAGUUCACUGGUCAAAUCCCUGUUUCGCUAGCCAACACCACCACUCUCCAGAUCAUUAAUCUCUGGGAUAAUGCAUUUCAUGGUAUUGUUCCUUUGUUUGGAUCCCUGCCAAACUUAAUCGAACUUGAUCUAACCAUGAACCACCUUGAAGCUGGGGACUGGUCUUUCUUGUCGUCAUUGACAAAUUGCAGGCAAUUGGUGAAUUUGUAUCUGGAUAGAAACACCCUCAAAGGAGUCUUGCCGAAAUCCAUAGGGAACCUGUCCAGUACAUUAGAGGUAUUGUUUUUAAGUGCAAAUGAAAUAUCUGGUACCAUUCCAAAUGAGAUAGAGCGCCUCAGAAGCCUCAAGGUUCUUUACAUGGGGAAGAACCUCCUUACUGGAAAUAUUCCUUACUCCCUAGGUCAUCUUCCAAACCUGUUCGCCCUAAGCUUAUCGCAGAACAAACUUUCUGGACAAAUUCCACUCUCCCUCGGUAACCUGAGUCAACUCAAUGAGCUCUCCUUACAAGAAAAUAACUUGAGUGGCCGGAUACCAGGCGCUUUAGGACAUUGCAAGAACUUAGACAAGCUGAACCUCUCUUAUAACAGCUUUGAUGGUAGCAUACCAAAGGAGGUAUUUACUCUUUCUUCGCUUUCUAAUGGCUUGGACUUGUCUCACAACCAACUCUCCGGACAAAUACCACUAGAGAUUGGCAGCUUCAUCAACCUUGGCCUGCUGAAUAUUUCUAAUAACAUGUUGACUGGGCAAAUACCCUCCACUCUAGGUCAGUGUGUUCAUUUGGAGUCCCUCCACAUGGAGGGGAACCUUCUUGAUGGGAGGAUCCCAGAAUCAUUCAUUGCUUUACGAGGCCUCAUUGAGAUGGACAUUUCUCAGAACAACUUCUACGGUGAAAUCCCGGAGUUCUUUGAAUCUUUUAGCUCUAUGAAGCUUCUCAAUUUGUCCUUCAACAACUUUGAGGGACCAGUACCAACAGGUGGGAUAUUUCAGGAUGCACGUGAUGUGUUCAUUCAAGGGAACAAGAACCUAUGUGCCAGUACCCCGUUGCUACAUCUGCCACUAUGCAAUACAGAUAUAUCUAAACGACAUAGACACACCUCCAAAAUUCUGAAGUUUGUAGGAUUUGCUUCUCUUUCGCUAGUCUUGCUAUUAUGCUUUGCAGUCCUUCUAAAGAAGAGAAAGAAAGUUCAACGAGUAGAUCAUCCAUCCAACAUAGAUUUGAAGAAUUUCAAAUAUGCUGAUCUAGUCAAAGCAACAAACGGUUUCUCAUCAGACAACUUGGUUGGCUCAGGAAAAUGUGGAUUAGUCUAUAAAGGAAGAUUUUGGAGUGAGGAGCAUACAGUUGCCAUCAAAGUAUUCAAACUUGAUCAACUUGGAGCACCAAACAGCUUCCUUGCUGAAUGUGAGGCCCUGAGGAAUACUAGACACCGUAAUCUCGUGAAGGUGAUUACUGCAUGCUCAACAAUUGAUUCAGCAGGACAUGAGUUCAAGGCUGUUAUUCUUGAAUACAUGUCUAAUGGCAGCCUCGAGAACUGGCUCUAUCCAAAACUGAACAAGUAUGGAAUUCAAAAACCAUUGAGUUUGGGCUCCAGAAUAGUAAUAGCAAUGGACAUAGCUUCUGCUUUGGAUUAUCUUCAUAAUCAUUGCGUUCCCGCUAUGGUCCAUUGUGAUUUGAAACCCAGCAAUGUACUUCUUGAUGAUGCCAUGGUUGCACAUCUUGGUGACUUUGGAUUGGCUAAGGUUCUUCACACUUUUAGCUAUUCAAGCAAUCAAAGUUCUACAAGCUUAAUUGGACCAAGAGGAUCAAUCGGAUACAUUGCACCAGAAUAUGGCUUCGGGAGCAAACUCUCAACAGAGGGCGAUGUCUACAGCUAUGGAAUUACCAUCUUAGAAAUGCUCACAGGGAAGCGUCCGACAGAUGAGAUGUUUUCUAAGGGUUUGACCCUUCACAAAUUUGUGGAAGAAGCAUUUCCUCAAAAGAUUCCUGAGAUUCUAGAUCCUUCUAUAAUUCCGGUUACAGAAGAUGGUGGUAAUCAUACAAUGGAUGAAAUAACAAGAACCAUCAUGGAUCUUAUUAAGAUUGGUAUCUCAUGCUCUGUAGAGACACCGAAAGACCGACCAACAAUGAAGGAUGUUUAUGCUAAAGUCAUCACAAUCAAAGAAACAUUUUCAGAGCUAUGCCACUGAGGAAAGGAACAAUUAUUUUUACUUUUGAAAUUAGGGAGCACUACGUUUUAUUUAACUUGUUUGAGGCAAAAGCUUAGCAACCAUUUGCAAUGUGAGUCUUGUCCUAUAUUUUGUUAUUCGUAUGUAACGUUCAAGAAGUUGAGACCUGAGAAGUCCGUUUGCUUGUUUAUUUUGUCUAACUGAUGGAAGCUCGGUGAUAGCAGACUGGUACUUUUAGACCCUGCUGAUCACGACAACAAACUUUAGUGAGAUUUCAGUGUUGAUCUAACUUGUCAAUGCUAUGUCCUGCUCAAAAGUCAUAUUCUACUUUGGUUAAUUUACUUUUGUUAAGUUUGUUUUUGAGUGGAUCAUGUACAUGUCUACUGUCACGGUCAUGCUGCUCGACAAGGUCUGGGAAAUGCGCUU